CCACAGUGGAAAACCUGCAGAAAUGAUGUCAGAGCAAUCGCGACCACCGAUUGGAGUGGAGAUUCCCGGCGAGAGCCUAUAAAACCGGGAAAGACAACAGCAGGAACCAGCAAAGGCAGAGAACGUGAGAAAUUCCAGGAACUGCACAGUGUCCAUCUGUCCGUCCCCGCGUGACUGAAACCGAAUCAGAUUAAGGAUGCUGGGCUGUGUGCUGCUCUCUGGUCUGCUGACACUGACCUUGUUCCACUGCAGUGCGGAAAGUCUUCAUGUACCCCAAGAAAGAUCAGAGUAUGUGGAACCAUCUGUCGCGGAGGGCCACAGUGUCCAGCGAGGCCAGCCUGAGCAGAAGACCUCAGGAGCUGUCAGAGCUAAAUUGCUCCUGCACGACCAGCUAGUCCGACUGGAGAACGAUGUCAUUGAGACCAAGAGGAAACGGAGCUUCCCUGGAUCCAACACACCUCUUGACCGCCUGUCAAUCAGCACCAUGGAUCCCAAAAACAACAAGCAGAGGAAGGUCGUUGAGUUGCCGCGGCGACGAGUUAGCGUCCCGCUCGACCGGAUUGGCGUAGGCCGUCUUCCCAGCAGCAGAGGAUAGACUCCGCCUCUGACCACGCCCCGACAAACAGAGGGUAAUAUCGCAGGUAGAUCAUAUGCAUGACAAGCACACCAGCCAACACAACUCGCUAACCACUGAACGAUGUCAGCGUUCUCAACACACUUUUAAUCAUCGCUGCUCCAGAGCUGGUUUUUUUUUCUCAUUUAUUACUGAUUUAGACCUUUAAUAUCCGAUCAAACUGUUUUUUUUCUCGUCAUUACAUAAAUUCAACAUUAAACUGUAUUGCUUUCAUGAAUUGAGUUCCGUUUAUGAUGCAUUAGCCAAUCAGAGAGGAAUCUGCUCGUGGCUUCCAUUAUUGAACAAUAUUUACUCCAGUGCCUCACGACUUCUUGCUUGCUGUAAUAGGCUAUAACUAUUGUCAUUUUCACUUUGACUGAAGGCUGUUCAGCCUUGACAAUAAAAAAUGAAAAUCUCCAA